AUGCCUCCAUGCGCUGCCGUCAAGUCGAAAUCGACAUGCGAGUCGAUCUUUGGCCCGCCAGAGGUACAUGCGGCGUUUCGGGCGACAAACAGCGCUGCGACCGCGAAGUGGCGGUGGACAUGCUCCCAUGUUGCCGACGCGGCGCCGGAGUGGCCGGCGCUGCUCGCCGCGACCACGACGGCUACUCUGAUACUCCGGGCCGACCCGUCCUACCCGACGGUGGCACUCUUCCACGUCUCGCUCACGCUGAGAAAAAUUCUGAAACGGCGUUACGCAGUGUUACAACAGUGCUCUUGCCGCGCCGUGCUGUGCGCCCAAGUUUAUCCAAAGUGA